AUGCCGGAAGGAGGGGUGAGCGCGAAGCGUUAUGGCGACGAGGACAACGAUAACGACGACAGCGGAGCCAGAGAGUGGGGAGGGCGCUCAAGAGAUGAUGGAGGUUGAUAAAAGAAUUGAAUCAGAAGAAUCUGGAGAUGAUGAAGGGAAGAAACAAGCAGUUUGCAUAGUAACAGACAUCAGUCAACAAAGUCUAAGAGAAGAGCAGAAUGGAGAGAAUUUAACAAGUGAUUCAGAGAUUCCAGUGGAUAUGGAAACUAUUAGCCUGGAUCCAGAGGCCGAGGAUGUUGAUCUGAAUCAUUUCCGAAUUGGCAAAAUAGAAGGGUUUGAGGUGCUCAAGAAAGUGAAGGAUAUUAGAUAUUUCAUUUAAUAUUUUACGACAUAUUGACGGCUUGGAUCAGCUCAUUCAGUUAAAGAAACUUUUCCUAGUCAACAAUAAAAUCAACAAAAUUGAGAACCUAAGCAACUUACAACAGUUGCAGAUGUUAGAACUAGGAUCUAAUCGAAUCAGGGCAAUUCAGAAUAUUGAUACCCUGACUAACCUGGAUAGCCUAUUUCUGGGGAAGAACAAAAUCACUAAGUUGCAGAACCUGGAUGCAUUGACAAACUUGACAGUGCUUAGCAUACAGAGCAAUCGGUUAACAAAGAUUGAAGGACUACAGAAUCUGGUAAAUCUGCGAGAACUGUACCUUAGCCAUAAUGGUAUAGAGGUCAUUGAGGGCCUGGAGAAUAACAAUAAACUUACAAUGCUGGACAUUGCAGCCAAUAGGAUCAAAAAGAUUGAAAAUAUUACCCAUCUAACAGAACUCCAGGAAUUUUGGAUGAAUGAUAAUUUCAUUGAAUGCUGGAGUGAUUUGGAUGAGCUGAAAGGAGCCAAGAAGUUGGAAACAGUCUAUCUAGAGCGAAACCCUCUCCAGAAGGAUCCCCAGUACCGUCGCAAAAUCAUGCUGGCUCUUCCAUCUGUCCGGCAGAUAGAUGCUACCUUUGUCCGAUUCUGAACCUUCCCUGGCCCUUUGCCUUUGCCUUUCUUCCUCUCAGAGUGUCACAACUGGGAUUUUUAUCCACAUACUGUAUCCUCUGUCUUCAGCCUGCUGACACUUACACAGCGAAUGGCCAACCAGAAGCACUGAUAUCAGACCUUGUAUACAAUGCACACACUAUUGUUGUUUUUGAAUAUUGUUGUUAUGAUUAUUAUUAUUAUUAAACCCUAACGUGUGAAAUCUCCUGGUCAUAAUGGUGUCUGUCUGAAUUAGGCAAACUAUCAAAUAAUUGGUCCUCUAAAUGUUUUCAGUGCUCUGACAGGCAGCUUAGAACUAAAAUAGCCUCUGACAGGGGUUAAUGUAUUGAAACAUAUUACUUUCGUUGUUUUUUUUCUUAAAAUGAACAUAGAAAACUUAGAAUCAUCCAGUGAACACGGAAGCAAUCGGAUGUAUAGAAUAAAUUGCAUUAUAUUGCUGAGUUAUUUGCUUUCACCUAUGUACAUUUUCUCCACCAUGUAAUUGACUUCCUCUUUUCAGUGUACACAUCCUUGUGUUUCUCACUAUACAAAGAUGGAUAUAUUCAAUAUGCCUUUAUUUACUUUUCUGAUUGCCGGCUCUGCAAAGCUUUAUGCUUUUGACAUGCUAUUCUGUACAUUAUUUCUGUUCUGCAAAAGAUGGUAGAGCAAGCUUUAUAAUCAAUAUGAAAUGAAUUUCAAACACUAAUUAUUAACAGAAGAAGACACAAUCCUAUAAAUGAUUGAUUUGGUCCUAAACCAGUCAAAUAACUACAGGUGGUAGAAUGGUAUAAGUGAAAUAUAAGUGUAUUUGGGUGUCAACAGUUCCUGAUAGGCAAAAAAAACCAGUGUUGAUUACAGGAGUAACUGAAUUUUGCAGCCAAGGGUUGAAGACAUGGUUUGUUUUCACAGGGGCCCUUUAGGCUUAUCAUUGCCUUGGAAAGAUGCUGGCAGUAAAGGUGUAUGAUUCCCUCUUAAAUAUUCACAUGAUAAAUCUGAAUAAAACCACAAGUAGUCAAAUUGUUUGCAUUUUUUUCAAGUGUGCUGUAUUGAUGACUGUUACAGCUGAGCUUAGAUUAAUGCUUUGAAUGUUUUCUGUAGAAAAAACCUGAUCAUUCCAAAUAUUAUCAAGAAUAGUCAAUUGUAUUUCUGUAGAUAUUUUGAUCCUCCAGUUAUCAUCCCUAACUAGCAAACAGUAAGCCCCAUACAUCCAGAAGCCACCAGAUUGCCUAUCCAGGGUAACUUAAUACAGUGGCUUUAAGUGUAAAAAAAUAAUAAUCUCCAGCCUCUCUAUACUAAUAUUGCAAAAAUUGAUUGAUUGAAAUCUCUGGUCAUCUAGGCAAAUUGUUCUGAAAUUUGUUUUGAUCCCACAUUAGUAUUUAUAGAACAGAAAUUAAUACAUUUGAUCUUUAGAAAUAUAAUUUUUCUAAUGUCUACAUUAAGAUGCCUAGUUUGAAAAUUUUAGCUGAUAUCUAGAUCAAUGUUACGUUUUACCAAAUUUUUCUGGAAUUCCAUUGAUUUACUUGAAUGUAUGCCCCUUUAAAAAUUGUCUUGAAAUAAAGCAUUCUUUGCUUUGGAGAA